AUGGACCCUCCCGAGCAGCCCCCGCCCGCCCAGCAGCCCCCCGAACAGCAUCCAGAGGCAGACCCGCCCCAGUCGUUCUUCACAAUGACAAUCGCCGUCCCUGGCCUUCCACCGCCGUCGCCCGGGCCCGGACAAGAGGGUGACGAGCCUGCCGGUGGCGAACACAACGGCCCAGGCGCCCGUGCCAUGAUAUACACUUUCCAAAUUGGUGCUGGGCCCCCUCCUGGUGAAGGCGAACACGGUAACGCAAACCAUCCACCUCUACCUCCCGACUUUUUCAGCCAGUUCGCUCAACCUCCUGGUGCACCCGCGCCUGGUGGCAAUGCGCCCGAAGGCGCUGAUGGUGCAGCUCCUCCUCCUGCUGGUGGACCGCCUGCUUGGCUCUUUGCGCCCUUCCUCGAGUUUCUUCUGCCCCGCCGUGAUCCGCAACCGAAUCCCGAGAAGGCUGCGGAGCUUCUGAGGUCGCUACCGACCGUUGGCAAGCGACUGCUCAAGCGUGUCGACAAUGUGGUGGCGGCGCAGGAUGUGGACUCGUAUGAGGAUGAAGAAGAGAGGGGUUGGAAGUGUGGAAUCUGUUUAGAAGGGAUGAGCGCAAGGCAGGAGGAAGAGGUCAAGGAUGACAAGAAGGUUGACGAGACGAUCAAGCGAGGAGAGGAGAAGGGAGAGGAGAAGGGAGAGGAUACUACCGACAAGAAGGAAAAGACUGAGGAUAAAAAGGAUAGCCAAGAGGAGCCGAAGAAGACCACAGGUGUGAAGGCUUUGCCUUGUAAUCACCUCUUCCAUGGAGACUGCUUAGAACCAUGGUUUGCCACCCAUCACACCUGCCCUACUUGCCGUCUGGACCUUGAUCCGCUCUACACACUCAACUCCCCCCCUCGAGCUUCUCGUACCGCACGAACCGAGUCUAUACGGCCAGCUCGUACUGGUGCAGGAUCCACUCGGGCAUCCGCCAAUGCGCACCCUUAUGCGCGGGGAGACAGGUCUGAAGGCAGUGAGCGUCCUCAACCGCCCAGUCGCCAGGCGUCAUCAUCAAGCAUACCCCCAGCUGGCCCUUCUACUACUACACCCGGUGCUGCCGCUGGCGAUGGGUCAGAACAAGCCCCGACCGAGCAGCGCCAAGAGGACGGGCAACCCCAGCGACCUGUGCCAAGGAGGUCGCAGACAUCGCAUCACUUUUUCAUCUUUUCAAACUCUCCCUUCCCUCCAACACCUCGAGGCGAACAACCUCCCGCUCCAGCUACUGGGGCGCCUGCGCAACAUUCUGCAUCAGGCUCCGUACCCCCUCCCCAGACUGCCAACACCGAGUCUACAAGCUCUGCCGAUGCCCCCGACGCUUCAUCCCCUGCUGCCGCUUCUACCUCUGCGCCUUCGCAGCCUGAGGCCGCCUCCUUGGAACGCUCGUCUGCCCCAGAGCCAUCUUCCCGUCCUGGCUCACCUCACCGCGAGGGCCACGAAGACAACAAUGGUCACAAUGCUGCACAUGACCUGCUCCGACAGCUGGAUAUACCUUCCCUGUUGGAUGGCCUCUUUGGUAUUGAAAGGCCACCAGCUCCUCCGAGUACGGACGGAGCCCCGGAAGAAGGCGGGCAGGAGAUUCGAGCUUCUUCAGCGGAAGCGUCUGCCCAACCGGCGCGUUCUGCGUCGGCUCCAGUCGAGGGGUCUGGGCCUGCGCCCGAGGGCAAUACGGGUGCCCUUCCUGCUGAUGCCAAUCCAGCCGCGCCCAAUGGUGCCCCCGAGCCCGAUGCUCAACACCGAGCUCACAUGCAAAUGAUCCAGAGCACGAUGGACCUUAUUUCGCGGAUGGCACGAGCAGGGGGCGACAGGCCUCCUCCCCUGCCUACUGGUCAACAAGGUGGCCCUGGGCUUCCUGCCGGUCGUCCCGAUGGUCUUCCUGCUGGCCUCCCUGCCGGCCUGCCCAGCUUCCUCUUUUCUGGUCCUCCCAUGCCUCGUGCCGAAGGCGAAGGUACUCCCGGGGGGUCGAGAAGCGGUACGCCCGGCGGCGAGUUUCCUUCAAUGCCUCAACAACCCGAAGAACCUUCCAAACCCCCUUUCGUGCCCCAGUCUCUCGAAAGCUGGACGGAGGAAAAGGAAAAGGUCCUGGGGUGGCGAUGUGAGGCGCCCGAGUGUAUGUAUGGUCCGACUAUUGGGGAGGAGGACGAAGACUCUGAAAUGCCCGCUGUGGAGGGAGAAGACAAGCAAGACAAAGAGAUGAUCAAUAUCUUCUCUCCCCUUCAGCCUUCUAUCUCUCUCGAAGCCGCCAAGCAGGCUCAUGUCGAUGAUCACCAGUUCACCAUCCUGGCCUGCUCGCAUAGGUGGCAUAGGGGCUGUCUGGAGGGUGCUGCGAGGAGCGCGGAGAGAGAAAUCAGAGAUGACGGUGAAGGAAAGGGUUGGGUGAGGUGUGAAAGGUGUAGGAACGACGGGUGGGUGGUGCCGAGGGAGCUGGAGGGCAAGGGAAAGGGAAGGGAGGUGCCUAUCAAGGCGUCUGCCACGACCAGCGUAGUGGGCAAGAAGAGAAAUAGGGAGGAUGAUGACGAGUAG